AUGGCCAUGAAGAGAAAACUCGAGGAUGAUUCUGAGGACGUGUCACCUAUCACAAAACAAGUGAAACUCGUUCCUUUUCCUCACAUUCAAGGCGAAGUCGAUGCUGUCAUGUUCGACGCUGAGCCUAUGUACCCCGACCUUGUUCACAGUCGUCUCCAGUCGAACGCAAGCUCUAUAUCAUCCAGUGCAUCGGACUCACCUGUUACCGACUCUCCCUAUCCCACAUUCGACCUUUAUCCUCUCCCUUUCUUCUCUAAUGACGGCACAGUAGACCCAAAUUCCCACAACUUCUCGUACUACUCUCGACAAGUCUCAAAUUCUCAGGUUGGCCUUCUUCAACCUUCAAAAGCAUUUGUCCAUCAUGGCCUGUGCUUCCGGUGUAAAUGGCCAACGCACUAUGUGGAGUCAUUGUGA